AUGGCCGCUCCCGCUGCAGCGCUCGGCUUCGCGCUCCGCCCUUCUCGUGACGUACCACAGCGAGCCGAGCAUCCCUCGUGCUCCGGCGUUCCGCAGCCCUUAACUCCUGAGGCGCGGGAUGGGGCCGGCCUCCAGCGCGUGCCGCCGAAGAUGUCGUCUCCGGGGGUGAGGAGCGGCGCUGCUGCUACUGCUGCUGCUGAGGGCCCGGCGCUGGGUCGGGCGGCUGCUUCCUCCGCGGCUCCCCUGUGCCCACCACCAGGCGAGAGCCCGUCGACGCCGGUCCCUGAAUUCCGCUGCGGAGAGCCACAUCGGACGUCCGAGGACGUGGCUGGAAGCGGCCCGGGAAAGCUGCAGGAUGAGGGGCUCCUUCCACCGGCCGGAAAGGCGACCGAGAGGACCAGGGACCAUCGUCCCGCUGGCGCUUCCGUAUUACCCGAAGGGCACGGGACCGCCUGGCCACCUCCCGCCUUGCUGGCUCCGAGUUUCAGCUCGGUGACUUCCGCCUUGCCUUCGGGGUCCCUGCUGCCGGCGUUCGGCACCCUGCACAGCCCGUCACAGCCGGGGCAGGAUGGGGCUCAGGAGGUCAGAUCCGAGGUGGGAUGUCUUCCUUUUACGGGGCUCCUUCUGUCCAAGGUAGAAGGCUGCGAGUUGGAAACCACUCAUUUCCAAGUAGAGUCUGAUCAGAUAAAAAAGAGGAAAAGUUUGGACUUAUCUUCUGCAACACCUCUGUCUAAAAAUAUAGCUGUGUCUCAACUAGUUGAGAAGAAUUCUAGGCCAUUAGGACUCAGUGCCAUUAAUACUGAGAUUAUUCAGAUACAGCCUUUUACAGAAACUGGAUCUCAGCAAUUUUUCUUAUGUAAUUCUUCUGAACCUACAGUUCAACUACUUCUUCCAGGCCCACUACAUCCACUUGGACAAGUACCAUUAGGUAAAAUAGCUACACAUGGGCCGAAAGAUAAAUCCAUUACAAAAAGUAGGGAAGAGUUUUCAAAUGUUUCUUUGGUUCCGACUUGUUCAGGAAAAGUACUUGUAAACAAUGGGAAGCAGCCAAAAGAGCAAAAGAUUAAAAAAUCCCUGAAAAUAACAACUCGUUCUGGGAGGAUUUCUCGCCCUCCAAAAUAUAAAGCUAAGGAUUACAAAUUUAUUAAAACAGAAGACUUGGCUGACUGUCACCCAUCUGAUUCUGAUGACUAUUCUGAGCUGAGCUUAGAAGAUGAUGAAUGCAACCAAGGAAAGGAAGUGUGUGCAUUAUUUAACCCCUUGAACUGUGAUCUGCGGCCAAAAUUGUUUAAGUGUCAGAACUGUGAAAAAUCCUACAUAGGAAAAGGAGGGUUAUCACGGCACUACAGACUAAACCCAGGCCAUGGGCAGCAAGAGUCUUCAGAAUCUUUUCCUAUAAAUAGAUUUUCUAGAAUGACAGAGCUGGAGUGUGCUGAAAAGGCAAGUUGUGAAAGCAUCCAUCAAGCUUUUCCACCUUCACCAGUUACUCUUGCUUUAGUAAGUAAAAAUGGACUAGCUAUAGAACUGGAAAAGAACCUUCAAACAGAAGAUGAACAGCAGUCUGGUAUUUCUGCAGAAGAUAGAAAAUUUGAAGAACCAUGCAGCACCCGUUUAUUACAUUUGGAGCCUGGAAGAAGCGAACAGCAGAGAAGAUGUGGUCAACCAAAGAUGACUAAUAGACUAAGAUAUUCUAGAAGAUUUAGCAGACCUGGUCAAUUCUCUUCCAAUUCUCUUAAUAAUAUCUCAGCAGAGCAUCUUAGUAUAUUUAGAAGAAAAGCUAAGCUAAAAGAGCUGAUUCAGCAGUGUGCCAAUGAAGAAUUUAUGGAGCUGGUGGUUCCACGCUUGACGACACUUGUUACUGUAUUUGAAUUUCUACUGAUGAAGGCAAAGAAAAAAUGUCAAGCAAAAGCAUUCUUUCCAGAUGUAUACCGGGAGUUUGAAGAGCUCCAUUCAAUGGUAAAGAAAAUGUGCCAAGAUUAUUUCAAAAAUUCUGAAUUAAAGGAGCCAUUAGAAAUAAAAAACCAUAAGGUGGCUGAAUCCCUAGGAAUUACAGGUAGUUGUCCUGAAAUGCAAAAAAUCCAGACAAAUUCUUUUCCUAAAUGUGCUGAAUCUACUGAUGAGCAAAUAUUGCCCCAGAUUUCAGGACAGAAACGAGCAGCUGAGCACACACAAGAAAAUUUGAAUGUUUACAGCCUUUAAAUAUACCAGGAUUAGACUAUUGAGAUGCCCAACUGACAGUAGAAGAAUUUCACAAGAACAAAGAGAAAAAAUCUAGUUGGGACACAGUAAAUGAAGUGACAUUAUACCUCUUGAGACAUCUGAAAAAUAUGGUCCUUGGUUUCUUCAUGAAGAAAAUAAAAAUACAAUAUAUCAAGAACUUAUGAAAAAAAUGCUGUUAACAAAUUCUGAACUUUCUUAAAAGUUUGGUAAUUUCAACAGUACUGUACAUCACAGGAGUAGCUCAUCAGUUUAGAUCUCAGGAAAUUGCAUAGACCAGCUUCAAGAUUGCUUGAAAACAUGUGAUUGAAUUAAUUUAUAAAUUUAAUAGUAUCUUAGAGGAAGAAAAGUAGAGUAUGAUAAUGUUGAAGAUCAUGGAUGAAAACUGGGAACUUUUCUUGGGGGCACGGGCUUUGCCUCUUCCUGGUGCUAUACAUCUGUAUAUCUCAAAUGUUUGUAACACAAUUUGCUGCUGCUACGUAGAUUUAUACAAAUUCUUUGGAAGUUGCAGUACUUUUAACAGUGAUAAUGAAAUUAAGCCAUUAUAUUUUUGAAGCAGUUUUGAAAGUCUUCUUGAAAUACAUAUUAAAUAUUAAUUUGUUUUUAAUUCCACAAGCUUCGCUGUAUUUAACAUCUAGUACAGUUCUAAAAGUAGCCGGGUUCAGGUGUUACCUCCCCACAAUGAUAAUCUUUCCUCCCCCUCUGCUAAUGUGGUUCUAAUAAUAUCGGCUUCCCUUCAGGUAUUCAGGAGCACUUUGUCUUUUCCUAACCAUGGCACCAAAAUGAUGAAACAUGCAUUGUGAUGCUACAAUGCAAGCUGUACUCUUUGGUACUUGUGUUGCCCACAAUUACAUAAUGGAUGGAGUUUGCAUCAUGGUAUCACAAUGCAUGUUUUGUCACUUGUUCCCUCCUUGCACAUGCCUUUGUCUGCAAAAGAAAAGCUGCAUUGGCUUCCUUAGGAGUCAGUUUUCUCAUAAUGGCUGAAUGAGUAAAUACUGUGGGAAAGCUAGCAUCCCUUAAAGGAAGGACGUUGGUAAGUGAGGGGCUUAAUCAGUGGUACUAUAUAGACUCAAUAGAAAAUGAGUUUCUCCUAAGAGACAAAUAUACUGUUCCAAUUGCUAUGAAUAUAUUAACUAUGUUUGGCUACAUAAAGUAUAAAUUUAAGUACAGCUGCCAGAAUUCCUUCAAAAAUUAACAUUUAAAUGCUUGUGUAUGCUAUCCUGAAUAAACUUGAAAAAGCGGUGCUUUA